UUUUACAUACAUCUAAGGCAGGCAUCUUACACACUAAACUACACCCCACCCCCCAAGUCCCCAAACAUCUAGUUAAGGGGACAUGAGGGAACUGUGAGUGUCUCUCCUCUCAGUCACCUGCUAAAAAGAGGAACAAGCCCUAGACGAACGAAUCGAAGAUGGAGGCCGUAAAAAGACAGAUUCAGGCAGCAUCAUAAGUUAAACCGAAGUUUUCUAACGUGCCACUUCAGGCUGUAAAAUAGCGAACUGUCCACCAGGUGGAGCUAUCUACGGAGACUCGCACAUCCCAUCAGCCCUGGCGCUCUGGGUGGAAGAAGGCGUGGAGGUGACGCUCUGGCCCGCAACGCCUCUACUCUCCUGCCCCGACUGACGUUGGGCAACAAAGAUGGCGGCGGGAACCAGCAAUUACUGGGAAGAUCUCAGGAAACAAGCUCGACAGCUGGAGAAUGAACUUGACCUGAAGCUAGUUUCCUUCAGUAAACUGUGCACAAGUUACAGUCACAGCAGCGCUCGAGAUGGAGGCCGCGAUAGGUAUAGUUCUGACACAACACCCCUAUUAAAUGGAUCAAGUCAAGAUAGAAUGUUUGAGACAAUGGCAAUUGAAAUUGAACAGCUUUUGGCAAGGCUUACGGGGGUGAAUGACAAAAUGGCAGAAUAUACCAACAGUGCAGGGGUCCCCUCUUUGAACGCAGCACUGAUGCAUACGUUGCAACGACAUAGAGACAUUCUACAGGAUUAUACACAUGAAUUCCAUAAAACCAAAGCAAACUUUAUGGCAAUACGGGAAAGGGAGAAUCUCAUGGGAUCAGUACGAAAAGAUAUUGAGUCGUAUAAAAGUGGGUCUGGAGUGAACAACAGGAGAACAGAACUGUUUUUGAAAGAACAUGACCACCUUCGGAACUCUGACCGUCUGAUAGAAGAAACAAUAAGCAUUGCUAUGGCAACAAAAGAAAACAUGACUUCCCAGAGAGGAAUGCUCAAGUCAAUUCACAGCAAAAUGAACACUUUGGCCAACCGUUUUCCUGCCGUGAACAGCCUGAUACAAAGGAUCAACCUUAGGAAACGACGUGACUCGCUCAUCCUUGGAGCGGUCAUCGGCGUCUGUACCGUUCUGUUGCUGCUGUACGCACUCCACUGAAAGGACAGCCCCAGGACUCUGCCCACUGCCUUCAUGCCGUGCCCUGGAGUGGGGAAGUAAGGAAGGGAAAGACUGUCCUGGCCACAAGCCUGCCAGCCAGAUGAAUUCUAAUGCCACCCAUGACUCGGACCUGGUCAGACUGAGCUGAAGCCACAGUUUUUCUGUGCUAGCUUUUCUAAUACACAUUACUCUGUUUUUAAUUUUAAAAACAACAACAAAAGGUUUUCAGUUGCUUAUCUCCGUAGGAGGUAAGCAAGCAGAAGCCGAGAACUGGGCUUCAGUCGCUGGUGGAGCCUGAUGACCAGCGGGCCUCAUAGCUGGACUCCUCACAGCACCAGGCUCUCCACAUCCAAAGAAGGCUUUGCUUUCAGCCACGAGAUUGGAUGUGAAUAAAAAUAAUUCUUGUCCUUUUAUUUAA